CACCCCCUCGGUGACACGGCUGGCGCGGGCGGGCCCGUCCCCCGUGCCCCUGGGUCGCUCUUUUUAAGCUCCCCUGAGCCGGGGCUGCGCUCCUCUAAUUGGGACUCCGAGCCCGGGCUAUUUCUGGCGCUGGCGCGGCUCCAAGAAGGCAUCCGCAUUUGCUACCAGCGGCGGCGGCGGCAGCGGAGCCAGGCCGGUCCUCAGCGCCCAGCACCGUCGCUCCCGGCAGCUCAGAGCGCGCACCGCAGGCCGGCGGCCGAGCUCGCGCAUCCCGGUUACUGCUCCUCUACCUGCUCCUGAGAAAGAGAAAGAUGAGUGAGUCCAGCUCAAAGUCCAGCCAGCCCUUGGCCUCCAAGCAGGAAAAGGACGGCACAGAGAAGCGAGGGCGAGGCCGGCCGCGCAAGCAGCCUCCGGUGAGUCCCGGGACAGCGCUGGUAGGGAGUCAGAAGGAGCCCAGCGAAGUGCCAACACCUAAGAGACCUCGGGGCCGACCAAAGGGAAGCAAAAACAAGGGUGCUGCCAAGACCCGGAAAGCCACCACAGCUCCAGGGAGGAAGCCAAGGGGCAGACCCAAAAAACUGGUAGAAGGAGGAAGAGGAGGGCAUCUCGCAGGAGUCCUCCGAGGAAGAGCAGUGACCGAGUGUGCCGCCUGCUUCCUCACUGAGGAGCAGUUUCCUUCUGGGACUGGACAGCUCUGCUCCCACUGCCCCCUGCCCCCGCCCCUCCCCCAGGCCCGAGUCACCACCCCUCCCGCAUCUGUACCUUCUACCACCACACUACACAGCACACCAGCCGCUGCAGGACCCCCAGGUCUAAGUAGGGAGCAAUUUUCCUUUGGUCUCAGUCUCCAGCAUUCCCCGCCCCUUGCACACAGCUGCCCUGGACAAAGCUCACUUGCCAUUUAGCCGCUCUCUGCACCUGCUGCAUCUCCCCCCACUUCCCUCUGACUUCUCAUUAAGGGAUCUGGGAGGGCUCCCCUGACCAUAAAAAGGGGCCCAAGCCCCACAUUCUGACAUGCUCCACUCCAUUAGCACCCCGUGUGGCUCUCGCCCACUUCUCUUUCCCUAGGCUCAGCCUAGGUUACAGAAGAGAAUGCAAGAAGGGUCCACACCUCCCACCCCUCUGCUUCUCCUCUAGGCCUCAUUGUCACCUUCCCCACAGGGGCACUAAUAACAUGGAGCUCGCCUUGCCCACUCUCCCUCCUGCUCCUCCCCAGCCCCCAAGGUUCUGGUUCCAUCUUUCCUCUGUUCACAAACUACCUCUGGACGGUUGUGUUUUUUGUUUUUGUUUUUUUUGUUGUUAAGUUUAAUGUUUCAUUCUUAGACAUCCACCAUUGCUGCUGCUACCAGCGCCAAAUGUGCAUCCUCAUUGCCUCCUGCUCUGCCCAUAUCCCUCUCUUCCAAGACCCUCUUGGGGGGAGGGGCAGAGGCAAAGUGGGUUUGGCCACUGACCACCCCAGUUCCAGGGAAGAUGGGGCUCUGCCCCUAGGAUGCUGCAGCAGAGUGAGGAGGGGGGUACCUGUCUGAUCAUGAAGGGUGUAGGGGUCACCUUCUCCCCCUUGUUCUGUUGGGGAGGAGGUAGCCAUUAUUUGUCCCAGCCUGGGGACCCCCCCCCAUAUUCCCUAUUUGCAGUUACUUGAAUAAAAAAAUAUCCUUUUCUGGA